GGGGAGCGACGGCAGAGCGGGCGGCCUCGUCAGGGGGCUUGGUCGGCGCGCCCGGGGAUGUGGCCCCUUUCGGCCUGCUGCUUGCUGCUGUGCUGGGCUCUGCCUGCCCUGACGCUCAAGAACCUGAACUACUCGGUGCCCGAGGAGCAGGGCGCCGGCACCGUGAUCGGCAACAUCGGCCGCGAUGCCCGGCUGCAGCCCGGCGCGGGCGGCGGGUUGCCGUCCCUGGAGCGCGCCCGCGGCGCCAAGUCCACCUUCCGCGUUCUGGAGAACUCGGCGCCGCACCUGCUGGACGUGGACGGCGAGAGCGGCUUGCUGUACACCAAGCAGCGCCUGGACCGCGAGGCGCUGUGCCGGCGGAGCGCCAAGUGCCAGCUGUCGCUCGAGGUCUUCGCCAACGACCAGGAGAUCUGCAUGAUCAAGGUGGAGAUCCAGGACCUGAACGACAACGCGCCCGCCUUCCCGUCGGACCAGGUGGACCUGGACAUCUCCGAGAACGCGGCGCCGGGCACCCGCUUCCCGCUGGCCAGCGCCCACGACCCGGACGCCGGCGAGAACGGGCUGCGCACCUACGUGCUCACCCGCGACGACUACGGCCUCUUCUCGCUCGACGUCAAGGCCCGCGGCGACGGCACCAAGUUCCCCGAGCUGGUGGUGCAGAAGCCGCUGGACCGCGAGGAGCAGAGCCACCACACGCUCGUGCUGACGGCGCUCGACGGCGGCGACCCUCCGCGCUCGGGCACCGUGCAGCUCAACGUGCGCCUCAUCGAUUCCAACGACAACAGCCCCGUCUUCGAGGCCGCCUCGUACGUGGUGGAGCUGCCCGAAAACGCGCCGCUGGGAACGGCCGUCAUCGACCUCAACGCCACCGACGCCGACGAGGGCACCAACGGCGAGGUGCUCUACUCGUUCAGCGGCUACGCGCCCGAGCGGGUCCGCGAGCUCUUCAGCAUCGACCCGCAGACGGGCCUGAUCCGCGUCAAGGGCAACUUGGACUACGAGGAGGGCGGCCUCGUUGAGAUCGACGUGCAGGCGCGCGACCUGGGGCCCAACCCCAUCCCGGCCCACUGCAAAGUCACCGUGCGCCUCGUCGACCGCAACGACAACGCGCCCACCAUCGGCUUCGUCUCGGUGCGCCAAGGGGCGCUGAGCGAGGCGGCUCCUCCCGGCACCGUUAUCGCCCUGGUGAGGGUGACGGAUCGUGACUCGGGCAAAAACGGGCAGCUGCAGUGCCGGGUGCAAGGGGAUGGCAGCGGGGGGGACGGGGCCGUGCCCUUCACCCUGGAGGAGAACUACGACAACUUGUACACCGUGGUGACAGACCGGCCUCUGGACAGAGAAGUGCAGGACGAGUACAAUGUCACCAUCCUGGCUAGAGACGGGGGCAGCCCUCCACUCAACUCCACCAAAUCCUUCUCUGUCAGGAUCCUGGACGAGAACGACAACCCUCCCCGCUUCAGUAAGAGUCUCUAUGUGCUGCAGGUUCCUGAGAACAACAUCCCCGGGGAGUACCUGGGCUCUGUGCUGGCCAAGGACCCAGACCUGGGUCAGAAUGGCACCGUGUCCUACUCCAUCCUGCCAGGGCACGUGGGUGACGUCUCCAUCUACACCUACGUCUCCGUCAACCCCACCAAUGGGGCCAUCUAUGCCUUGCGCAGCUUCAACUACGAGCAGACCAAGCACUUUGAGUUCCAUGUGUUGGCCAAAGACUCCGGCUCCCCCCACCGCGAGAGCAAUGCCACCGUCCGCGUCACUGUCCUCGAUGUCAACGACAACGCUCCUCUCAUUGUCUUGCCAGCCCUCAUCAAUGACACUGCCGAGCUCCAGGUCCCGCGGAACGCUGGUGUGGGGUACCCCGUGGGCACCGUCCGUGCCAUGGACAGCGAUUUUGGGGAAAGUGGGCGCCUCACCUACGAGAUUGUGGAAGGCAACGAGGAGCACCUCUUUGAGAUGGACCCCACCAGCGGGGAGAUCCGCACCCUGCACCCUUACUGGGAAGAGCUGAGCCCUGUGGCGGAGCUCGUGGUCAAGGUCAGUGACCACGGGAAGCCCAGCCUUUCCGCAGUGGCCAAGCUGAUUGUGCGGGCCUUGGCUGGACCUCUGCCGGAAGCAGGUGAGCCCCAGGUGAACGGCGAGCAGCACAGGAGACCCCACUGGGACCUGUCCCUGCCUCUGAUCGUCACCCUGAGCACCGUGUCCAUCAUCCUCCUGGCUGCCAUGAUCACCAUUGCCGUGAAGUGCAAGCGGGAGAACAAGGAGAUCCGCACCUACAACUGCCGCAUUGCUGAGUACAGCCACCCCCAGCUGGGUGGAGGGGGUGGUGGCGGAGGAGGUGGGGGAGGAGGCGGCGGCGGGAGCAAGGGCAAGAAGAAGAAGAUUAGCAAGAACGACAUCAUGCUUGUGCCCAGUGAAGGGGAGGACAGCCGGGGGCCCCUCAAUGUCAUGAACGUGGUCAGCAGCCCCUCCUUGGCCUCGUCCCCCAUGUACUUUGACUACCAGACCCGCCUCCCCCUCAGCUCGCCCAGGUCGGAGGUGAUGUACCUGAAACCUGCCUCCAACAACCUGACUGUGCCGCAGGGACAUGUGGGGUGCCACACCAGCUUCACAGGGCAAGGGACUAACGCCAGUGAGGCUCCCCCGAGCCGGAUGUCCAUAAUUCAGACAGACAAUUUUCCCGCAGAGCCCAAUUACAUGGGCAGCAGGCAGCAGUUUGUUCAAAGUAGCUCCACCUUCAAGGACCCUGAGAGAGCCAGCUUGAGAGACAGUGGCCAUGGGGACAGUGACCAAGCAGACAGUGACCAGGAUACUAACAAAGGCUCCUGUUGUGACAUGUCGGUUAGAGAGGCCCUCAAGAUGAAAGCAACUUCGACUAAAAGCCAGCCGCUCGAACCAGCAUUCCCGACUUUGCUUUCCUUUGCUUUCCUCACCCUCCACACCAUCACAAGUAGACUUCAGUCUGUUGAUCUGCUUCUGUCAGAACAGCAAGGGAGAGGCCAAAGACCCAUUGUUGGGCUCUGUGGACCGGCCCGCUGUAAGGAAGGAAAAUUUUCAGAACAAGAGGAGUGUGUUAAUUGCACAGAUGAAUGCCGAGUGCUUGGUCAUUCUGACAGAUGUUGGAUGCCCCAGUUCCCUGCUGCCAACCAGGCUGAAAAUGCAGAUUAUCGAACAAAUCUCUUUGUCCCCACAGUGGAAGCUAAUGUUGAGACUGAGACUUACGAAACUGUGAACCCCACGGGGAAAAAGACUUUUUGUACAUUUGGGAAAGACAAGAGAGAGCACACUAUUCUCAUUGCCAAUGUGAAACCUUAUCUCAAAGCCAAACGUGCCCUGAGUCCUCUCCUCCAAGAGGUUCCCUCAGCAUCAAGCAGCCCAACCAAGACCUGUAUUGAGCCUUGCACCACAACAAAAGGACCGCUGGAUAGUUGCGAAGUCAAACCAGGAGCCUUGGCUGACCCCAGCAGCCAGUACAUGACAGCCAGUGACUGCCAGUACCCAUCUCCUAGGAAACAGUCCAGAGACGCUGCCUUCAUUGCGUCCGACCAGAUGGCCAGGGUCUUUGCUGAGGUGCACUCCCGGGUGAGCCGAGACUCCGCUGAGAUGGACUCUGUGUUGGAGCAGAUAGACCGUUCAAACAGGGAACUAGGGAGAGAGUCCGUGGAUGCAGAGGAAGUGGUGCGGGAGAUUGACAAGCUUUUGCAGGACUGUCGGGGAAAUGACCCUGUGGCUGUGAGGAAAUGAAAGAAAAACCACAAAAGACAGCCUGGCAUUUGUUUGCUUCUUCUGCUGAAUUGAAAAUACAAAAAAAAGAAAAAAAAUCUCCCCUGGUUCUAAAAUUUAUACAGGGAUGAACGAAGACCAAUGCUGCUUUAAGGCUUUUAGUGAACAUCUGAAGUGCCCACAAGUAUGUUCUUUUCACUGCUCUAUCUUUUUCCACAGAUAACACUGGUUUCGUUUUUACCAAACUUUCAUUAGAACGGCGUGAUGUAUGUUAACGAGAAGGAAGGAGGAGGAGGGAGAACAACGAUGCCACUUUGACAAUCUAAUAGAAAGAUAUAAAGGGGAAAUAGGCAAAUGGAACCUGAUAUUUUAGGACUGAUAGUUGUUCACUGUUUAUGUGUAGACUCCAUAAAAAGCAGGGUGGAAUAGUUCUCUGAUAGAUUUCCAGCAGUCAUUAUAGGCUUCAACUGAAAAUCCCAAAAUCAGAAACCAAGAAACAAAAAGUCUUGUAGUCAACCAGGCUCCCCCCAAGCAUUAACACUCAUUUGUGACAACCAUUUCUGUAUAAAGUUAUCUGCCACCAAAAAAAAAAAAUAGGGGAAAAAAAGAGAAAGAAACCCAAGAAUCCAUUCCAUAACAUUGUUCAGCAAAAAUAUUCUGGUCAUUAGUAACACAGCUCAUGUCAUAUUAAAGUUAAAUGUGAAAUGAUAGAGUCCUUGUUUGUCCUGCACCUGCAUAAACUAACUCACGUGGAAAGGAGAGGGGGGGAAAUGCUUUAGUGUCCAGCAAAAUUUCUAGGCUAAGCAGUAUGUUUUAAACCUGAGGCAUAAUACGAGAUCACAAAUAAUAAUUACCUUUUGAUAGGUAAUAAUAGAGGAGACAAAUUAACAUUAUUAACACCUUUUGUAAUUCAUUUGUGGACACUAAAAUAGCUCAAGUGAGUGCAAACAUUUCAGACAUCAACACAAAUCCACACAAAACCAUUUAAAUGUGCAAAUGUAAGAAGAUUCAAUGUGUUUACAUCAAAUGACAUAUUUUUUAUUGAUUUAUUGCAGAUUCAGUGCAUUUGAGCCAAAUUGUUGAGUGUAUAAGAGCUAUAUUGUGUAUUUUAUUAAAUUAAUAUAUAGUUGUGUUGCAAAAAAAAAUAUUUGGGCUUAUGAUGUAAAUGGCAAGUGUUGCCUCAGUAGCUGUCAAACUCUAUGAGUUUUGUUCUCUCCUUUUAUUUCUUUCUUUCCCCCUGUGGAGUGUGGGAAGCAGAGCCUCAGAGCAAAGUCUCUUGUUUAAUGUAUGGUCUACCAAGUACCACAGUACAUAAUCUGUUCAAAAUGUGUCUUGAGUGAGUUGAUGGAGCUAACUGAAUGGCCGACAUAUACAUCCAUCAGUCAUGGUUAUGUGCAAGUCCUUGUAGAAGCUUCUGUCACAACCCAUGUUUAAUAACAAAAAUUACACUUGAACCAACACCUGGAACCUUGUUCUUUACUGAGCUUUGUCACUCACUCACUCACUCACAUGAACACAGGCCGUCUGUUUAGAUAUCACAGUCAUGGUUGAAUUCUCAAAUUACCCUAAUAUUUCAAAGUUUCAUACUAGACUUUGGUUCAUGGAGCAUGAAAAUGCUUUGGUGCUCAUGUGCUACAAACAAUCUUUUGUCUGGUUUCCUGGAAAUUGCUGUUACAUUGACUGAGAUUUCAGCUUGAGCUCACAGCCCUCCUUCUCUCUCUCCUAUCACCCUCUAUUAUUAGAGUUUUGGGUAAUUUUAUUCGCUCUCUGUCCAUUGCACACACUUUUCUAUGUGCUGUUCCGCAUUUGAUUCUUACGAAAGCUAUCUUUUAAAAUUAAUGUUUUCUUUGAAUUAAAUUUGUAAGUACAACUGAGCACCAUAAAACAUUCAUAUAUCUCCUUA